UUAUUGUAUAAUCGCCAGCCUGGACGUCCUUUGGCUGCUUUUGAGGUCUCCUUUGGGUCGCAUGCUCGCCGAUAUUCUGGCGCACACUUGAAGGUGAAAUUUUCAAGUUGUCUCCCGCUCCGCGCUCGUCCUGGUUCAAAUCAGGCAACGUGACUGGUUUUGCGAGGCAUCUGAGUUAAGAAGUGCUCGAAGCAUCUACUCACUUUUUGUGUUUUCCGGCGCAGAUUUAUCAGUCUGCGAGCUCCAUUGCGUACGAGAACGGCUCGAGGCUCCGAGCUGCGAAUUAAUCCAAGGGGAUGAAGCUCGCGGAGUAAGGCGACCAAGACCAUUGUCGGCGGCAGUGGCGGUAGCCCACGAUGGUAGGGCUUACAGAAAUGUCGAUGCUCCAGCCUCCAGGGCUCGGCUUUACUGUCUUACACCAGAAGGUUGAGUUGGAUCUCGAUUUCGCAACACGAAGGCUCAGAGGCAAGACGGAAAUCACCAUCAAUCCCCUCUUCAAAGAGCUUAGGAUAAUCCGACUCAACUGCCGCCAAUGCAAACUCAAGCGUCUCAAUGUCAACGGUCGAGGGGUAUCGGUCAAGUACAACGAACCAUAUUCGGGAUACAAGCUGCACGGGUUAUCGGAGGUUCACCAGUAUCAUCAGCUAAGACAGAAGAUUGAGCCGCAAUUACGGAAUCCGCCUGAAGAAGAGCUUCUCAUAACCCUGCCAAAGAGCUUGCGCAUCGAGGAAAUAGAUCCCUUUUCGGCUGAAGCGCACAAUAUUCUUCUGUCUAGGAAUAAUGGAUCUACCAAGAAGGAAUCGGGAGAUUCGUCCAUGCUUGCCGGAACUCCGCUAUCGAAACCAGGGGAUGACCAAGCCGCUAGAUUCACGCCGUUGACAAUCUUCAUCGAGUUCACCACCGAUAACGUCAGAGACGGGCUACAUUUCGUUGGAUUGGAGGAUGGCGAUCUGCGAUAUCCUCAUGCGUACACCCGUAACUCAAUGUUUCCGGGAGCCGCAUGCGCGCUGUUCCCUUGCGUAGACGACAGCUCAUCAAGGUGCACCUGGGAGAUCUCCAUCAAAUAUCCCCGAACCCUAGGCGACGCUUUAGGCAAAGCUGAGUCGCAAAUGAAUGGGAUCGUUAACGGUCUCAACGGAACCCAGCAGCCAAAUGGCACUCAGCCUUCAGGAGGGAAUCAGUCAGAGUUCAGUGUUGGGGCAGAAGACCAAUCAUUAGAUAUGUCGGUUAUUUGUUCAGGUGAUCUCACGGAUGAAAUCAUUGAUCCAUCCAACUCUAGAAAGAAGAUUGCUUCGUUUAUCGUGGCCACAGCAAUGGCCCCCCAGCACGUCGGGUUUGCUGUAGGACCUUUUGAGCAUGUCAAUCUUUCUGACCUUCGCGAAACCGACGAAGACGAUAAGCUUGGAUCAAAUGCAAUUCGAGUGCACGGUUUUUGUCUUCCCGGCAGAGCAGAUGAAGUUAGAAAUACAUGCCUUCCAAUGGCAAAGGCCAUUGACUAUUUCACGAUGACCUUUGGAUCCUAUCCAUUUUCGAGCUACAAGUUAUGCUUCCUCGAUGAUCAGGUAGAUGAGACCGUCAAUCUUGCGUCAAUGGCUCUCUGUAGCAACAGACUAUUGUUCCCAGAAGACAUCGUCGAUCAAAUGGACAACUCGACACGUGCAUUGAUACAUGCGCUUGCAAGCCAAUGGAUCGGCGUGAACAUUAUUCCAAGAGAACCUACCGAUCUUUGGGCGAUAGUGGGCAUUUCACAUUUCAUUACUGAUAUGUUCAUGAAGAAGUUAUGUGGAAAUAAUGAAUACCGAUAUCGCCAAAAGCGAACAGCGGAUAGAAUUUGCCAGUUGGAUGUAAAUCGACCUUCGAUCCACUCAAUGGGAGCAUUAUUAUCAUUGGACCCCACUGAACUGGAAUUCUUGUCCCUUAAGGCACCACUCGUUCUCUUCAUUCUUGACCGCAGGCUUGCGAAGGCUAGCGGCUCAUCCGGUCUCUCUCGAAUCAUAUCCAGAAUUUUUCUCAAUGCAAAGGUCGGCGAUCUGCCUAACGGCGCUCUGACGACUGCUUAUUUCAUGCGAACCUGCGAAAAACUGGGCCAUGCCAAGCUUGAUGUGUUCUUUCAACAGUGGGUCUAUGGCGCUGGAUGCCCCCGGUUCCUUAUCACCCAGAGAUUUAAUAAAAAAAAGCUUGUGGUCGAGAUGCUUAUCAAGCAGGUACAGAGCGAUCAGGCUCUGGAUAGAAAUCUUGAGGUCGACUACUUUAUGAGAGACGUAAAAGAAGAGUUACAUAAUAUCUACGCUGGGCCGGUGCAACCCGUAUUCACAGGGCCUAUGACGAUCCGCAUUCAUGAGGCCGAUGGCACGCCCUACGAACAUAUUGUUGAAAUCAAAGAAGCCAACACCAAAUUCGAGAUUCCCUACAAUACAAAAUACAAGCGGCUAAAACGAAGUCGAAGGCAAAAGGAGCGAGCUGCAGCAGCAGCUGGCGUCGAAGUUUCGGCAGAUGUUCAGGACGAUGUUCUUCUCUACUGUUUAGGGGACGUGCUCCAGAGCGAAGAAGAAGUUGCAGACUGGCGCCUAGCGGACUGGACCAGAGAAGACGAGGAAAGAAUGAGCCAGGAGUCGUAUGAAUGGAUACGGAUGGAUGCAGACUUUGAAUGGAUCGGUAAAAUGAUAAUAAAUAUGCCGGGCUACAUGUUCUUGUCACAACUACAGCAAGAUCGUGACGUUGUAGCGCAGUUCGAGUCAAUCCAAUACAUUGCAACUCAAAGGGAGCAUCCCCUUAUCUCGACAAUCCUGGUACGGACGCUCAUGGAUCGCCGGUAUUUCCAUGGUAUUCGGACUGCGGCCGCAGAAGCGUUGGUGAAAAACGCCAAGGAUGAGCUUGACUGGAUCGGUCUUUUCCACCUUGAAAAGGCAUUCCAAGAACUUUUCUGUUUCCCGGAUUCGCCAAUGACGCGAUCCAACGACUUUUCCGACCGAGCUGCUUAUUAUAUCCAAUGUGCCAUACCAAAAGCGAUCUCAGAAGUGAGGGACCAUGGCGGAAAAGCACCUUUACGUGUGAAGAGGUUCCUUUACGACAAGCUGAAAUUCAAUGACAAUGCAAACAACGAGUAUUCUGAUUGCUAUUAUGUUGCCACGCUCAUGUCUGCGUUGGCGGAGACGUUGGUUACCAACGUUGAGCCUGGAGGCUUCAAUUUCAGCUUCGAGGAUGACGAGGAUGAGGAAGAGAAAUUCAAGAGAGACGUCGUUGACGAGAUUGAAAGAUAUCGUCGCAUGGAUGAAUGGAUAUCAUCUUAUCAGAAUAUCUAUUCUACAACAGCUCUCGAAUGCAAACAGCGACUUGCAGCCGCAAAGAUUAUUGACGCAAAUCCUGCAGAUUAUAUUCAAUACGUACGCUACGGCACGUAUGAUCCUCUGCGAUUGCAUGCAUUCAACUGCUUGAUUCAACUCGGCGCUCUCAAGAAUGCGGCUGUUCUGCAAUACUUUUUCUUCGUCCUGGGAUCCGAUCCGUCUCCUUAUGUCCGCGAGAACCUUGUCCAUCUCUUCGGUCGAGCGCUAGCUCUCAUAGCGAUAGGAGAAACCUCUCAAACGCAGGAGAAGCCACAAACUGAUGGUCUUGUCAUUGAGCAAGAAUCCUCGACGGAGGCAAGACAAGCUGAACUCGCUCGAACCCAAACCGUUCCGGGAGCACUUGCUGCGUUGAAGACGGAGCUGGGAGGAUCAACAACUCUCCAAGAAGCUCUCUGGCACGCAAUCACUUCCCCUGUUGUAGGCUUAUUCGAAAUCCGCGAACUGCUCGACUUGUGCGCCAUUCUCUAUGAGCCCAGGACAUCCCUCGUUGUGGUUCUCAAAUACCCGCGCUACUGGGGUGUCCAACACCUUGGCAAGGGCAAACUGGUGUUUCGCCAGACAAAUAAGCCUCGAACAACACCCUUAUCCAAACUCGCUUUGCCACGUGCACCUGCUCCUCCGCCACAACGAGAAGACUCGGCCGCAAUGAGCACGCCCAAGAUCGUCUUCAAACCCAAGAAGCCUGCGGCUGCUCCUCCUUCCGCUCCUUCUCCUGCUACUGCUGCACCAUCCACUCCGUCAUUGGACGAGAGACGCAAGUUGACUAUAAAGCUCAAACUUGGCAGUGGCAGUGGUAGUCUUGGUGGCGGUGGUGGUCCCAGCGGCAGUCCUCUGUAACCAUUCUACUUUUACACUCUUUACUCUCAUACCUUUUUUUAUCCCCUUUUUAUUUUCUCGUCCUCCCCACCAAUCAUGCAUCCAGUGGGGCUAUAGUGUUGUUAGGACAGGCGCAAUGAUUGGCGCAGUAAGUUUUCUUUUUUUCUUCCAUCGGCAUAUGGGCAGAUUUAUCGCGUAUGGGAUCAAGGGGCAGGAAAAAAAGCCACCGGCGUACCACUCUUCAACGUAUCUUGAGAACUGGAGAAACGUCUUCGCAUUUCUUCGCAUUAUUUUUCUUUCCCUUGGAGUUGUGAAUUCUCCAAAGGGAGAAUACGCUUUCAUCUUAUCUCGGGAUAUCAUUUCCAUCAUGUAAAUAGAGAAAUUACAAAGAGUAAAAAUAAGCCAUAAGACCGAGAGAU